UAAUUUGUUCCCUUAUUUAUUAUUUAUUAUUUAUUUUUAUUUAAUUUUAAGCAACCUAUCCGUUACAUAUUUUAACUCAUCUUCCGCGAGGUUGAUGCAUUUAUUAUAUCCGCCCGAUCUACACCGUGAUCCGUGUCAACGAAAAAAUUAACCUCUAACUAACAGGUUUUUAUCAGGUGUGACUAUCUGUAGGCAAAGUUGUUGAUGCGGUGAUCAGUUUGAUUUGAUCGAGUGAAAUUCAUCUGUUUGAAUCAAUUUCCGUCUACUGAGAUGUCGGGUCCACUGGAUCGAUUCGCCAGGCCUUGUUUUGAGGGAUUUUCUGGAAAUGAUGAGCGGAGAGAGAGGAAAUCUGAUUUUGAGAACUCUGAGGAUGAGAGGAGAACGAGAAUUGGGUCGCUGAAAAAGAAAGCCCUUAAUGCAUCUACCAAGUUCAAGCAUUCUUUGAAGAAGAAAAGCAAUAGGAGAAAGAGUGAUGGAAGGGUUAGCUCUGUUUCGAUUGAGGAUGUCCGAGAUGUUGAGGAAUUACAGGCUGUCGAUCAAUUUAGACAGGCUUUGGUGAUGGAUGAGUUAUUGCCAGAAAAACAUGAUGACUAUCAUAUGAUGUUGAGGUUCUUGAAAGCAAGGAAAUUUGACAUUGAAAGGGCAAAGCACAUGUGGGCUGAUAUGCUUCAAUGGAGAAAGGAAUUUCGUACUGACACCAUCAUGGAGGAUUUUGAAUUUAAAGAGUUGGAAGAAGUUUUGAAGUAUUAUCCUCAUGGCAAUCAUGGUGUGGAUAAAGAGGGGAGACCUAUUUAUAUAGAAAGACUGGGAAAAGUUGAGCCUAACAAACUUAUGCAGGUUACAACUAUGGACCGGUACGUGAGGUACCAUGUGCGGGAGUUUGAGAAAAGCUUUACAAUUAAGUUUCCAGCUUGUACUAUUGCUGCAAAGAGGCAUAUAGAUUCAAGCACAACUAUUUUAGAUGUUCAUGGCGUGGGACUCAAGAACUUUAACAAGUCAGCACGGGAUCUCAUUAUGCGCCUCCAGAAGAUUGAUGGUGACAAUUACCCUGAGACACUCCAUCAAAUGUUCAUUAUCAACGCUGGUCCUGGAUUUAGGCUGUUGUGGAACACUGUAAAGACUUUUCUAGAUCCCAAAACAACAUCCAAGAUUCACGUUCUUGGAAACAAGUACCAGAACAAACUGCUUGAGAUAAUUGAUGCUAGUGAAUUGCCAGAAUUUCUGGGUGGUACUUGCACAUGUGCUGAUCAGGGGGGUUGCCUUCAGUCUGAUAAGGGACCAUGGAAAAACCCUGAAAUAUUGAAGAUGGUUCUUAAUGGUGAACCACGUCGAGCCAGGCAGGUUGUAAAAGUGCUAAACAGCGAAGGCAAGGUUAUUGCUUAUGCUAAGCCACGGUAUCCAAUGCAGUUUAAAGGUAGUGAUACAUCCACUGCGGAAUCAGGAUCUGAAGCUGAAGAUAUCGCAUCCCCUAAAACAUUGAAAAGUUACUCCCAUCUUCGACUGACUCCUGUUCGUGAAGAGGCUAAGAUAGUCGGAAAGGCAGGAUAUGGUGGUAGCUUCCCAGGGUAUGAUGAAUACGUACCUAUGGUUGACAAAGCUGUUGAUGCUGGAUGGAAAAAUCCAGCAGCCGUCCAGAGGCCUGUUUCCAAAGCAACAAUCACCCUGCCCAACACUGAAAGGACUCCAGAAGGUGUUCGUGUUCGAAUUUUCAUAGCAGUUAUGGCUUUCUUCAUGACACUUCUCAGUCUCUUUCGCUCACUGGCAUUCCAAGUAACCAAAAGGCUUCCCCACACCUUACCUGAUUGUGAUCAGAGUUCUCCUGAACCUGCCCUUGAUGCAACUCAAAAAGAGGAGUGCUGUCUGCCUUCACCAACUGCUGCUUUCACUGAGACAGACCACCUCUCCUCUGUAUUGAAAAGGCUAGGUGAGCUCGAGGAGAAAGUUAAUACACUUCAAGCAAAGCCAUCAGUGAUGCCUUACGAGAAAGAGGAAUUACUGAAUGCUGCUGUUUGUCGCGUGGAUGCUUUGGAAGCAGAGCUAAUUGCAACUAAAAAGGCUCUAUAUGAAGCUUUAAUGAGGCAGGAAGAAUUGCUAGCAUACAUUGACAGUCAGGAGGAGGCCAAGUUCCACCGGAAAAAGAAGUUCUGCUGGUAAGCUUUUUUGCCAAGGGAGAAUGAGAGAUCAUGAUUGCGCUCUUGUCCGGUACUUAAAUCUGUUAUUUCUAUACGAGUGUCUGACAUCCGAUCGCAAAUGUUGUCUCUCCGGGAUAUGCUUUCAAAAUUAAUGUACUUCUCUGUCGCCGAGUGUAGAAUACAGACCUUGUUGCGAGGGGGUUUGCAUGAGCAGUUUGUCUUCUAAAAUCUUGUUUGGGACCUGUGUGUGAUAUAUAGUCAUUGACUUCAACGUAUCUAUUUCCAA